AUAAAUUAAGAGAUGGACGCGUCAACGAUACAGCAACAAACAAUAAUAUUUGGUAAUUUGUGUUAACAGGAAAAUAGAAAGAAAGAAAGAAAGGAGAUGAUAGAGGUAGUGUUGAACGACAGGCUGGGGAAGAAGGUGAGGGUGAAGUGCAACGAGGACGACACCAUCGGCGACCUCAAGAAGCUGGUUGCUGCUCAGACUGGAACCCGAGCCGAUAAGAUUCGAAUCCAGAAGUGGUACACCAUCUACAAGGACCAUAUCACCCUCAAAGACUACGAGAUUCACGAUGGCAUGGGCCUCGAGCUCUAUUACAACUAACCUCUCCUUCAAUCAAUCCCCUUUAUUCAGGUUUGAAGAUGCAAUAGGGAGUAAAGAUGUAUUUCAACUACAGGGAGAGAUGAGUGGCAUGCCUUUCAGGAAAGUGUUGAUGUUUAGCUAGUAAUAAUUUUUGUAAUAUGUUAAUGGACUUUUCACCUAUCCAGAUACUUCUAAUUUGGCUAAUACCAAAAAAAUAAAUAAAUAAAUAAAAGUGUUGAAGUUUAUGGACA